AUGACAAGUACACCUGGUCGAAGUCCAGGUUCUUUUCGUGGUUAUACAAAUGAACAAAAAACUUUACGGUCUAAACUUGAUUUAAUUAUUAAAUGGGGACGUGAUUUAAAAAGUAAUAUUAUGAAACAAUCAUAUGAUUAUAAACGUAAAUUAGAUCGUGAACUUGGUCUUAUUCAUGAUAUAUGUGAUGCAUUAGUAAUAGAUAAUCAAUUAACAAAUGGUGAUGAAGAAAAUCUUCAUGAUGAAAUUCUUGAAGCAUUACGUCGUUCACCAACAUAUACAUCACUUGAACAACAUAUAUUUGAUGAUCAACGACCACGUAUUCAUACAUCAGCUGUACCAUCAUCAUCUCAACAACAAAAUACGGAAGAUGAUAAUAGUCAAAUUAUUGAUGAUAGUGAUGAUGAAAUUAUUGCUUUAAGUGAUGACGAUACUCCAGGACGGCCGAAUAGUUCACCGAAAAAAGUUAUAUGGACUUCAUCAGAUAUUCAAAUAACAAGUGGUAAUUCUCAGUCACAAUCAUUACAUAAUCCUUAUCGUAUUGGUAUUGCUGAUCCAAGUAUACGAUCAAUAUUUUUACCACCACCAAAUUCUCAAACAAUGUCAACAUCAAGUGGAGGAAGUAAACGUUCUCAAGGUUCUAAUCGAAAAAUUUCACCAACAAAACGAACGACUGGAACUAAAUAA